AUGAUAAAGUUGCAAGUUCACAUUGUUCCGCCGAGCGCUGCUAAAGCAAGAACACCGCUCCCUUACAAUGGAACCGGAAAUAAUGUCGAUAUGAGUGUGAUGCAGAUGCAAUCGCAAAUAUACCCUGGUUCCCAGUCUCAGCCUAAUAACUCCUACUAUCCGAACUUCACACUCAAUGGCUCAAGUACGCCGCUGGUUAAUGGAGUUUCGGGUUUCCAUUCCCAGCGUCCAAGCUAUGGCCCACCUCCCCAUAUCAAUGGGCCUUCCGAUGGUACUAAAAAAUUCCUCCAUAUAACGAAAAGUUCGAGUACUCUUCAGGAUGUUUGUGUCGAGAUCCAAGAGAGAUUCCUGAGGCUAUAUCCUGAACAAGAACCCAUCAUCAUUCAUCAAAUUCAGGACAGCAAUGAGUGUGACUUGGAUCCGGAAUAUUCAGUUUCAAUGAUCUUUGAUACGGACAACAUUUUACGUGUUCUCGUGGAAAAUGAAUUCACAGGGGAGGAGGCUGAUGCCAGAGGAAAACGCCACCUUCACAACGAUUUGAAUCAGGUCAUCAAGAAAACAAGAUCGUCUCGCAACCAACGUAUUUGGCACGAGGCUAGACGACCUCCUCUGAUAGAGGCUGAGGAGGCAUCUCAUCAAUCUAAUUUAACGCUCCCAGCUCCCAGCGAUGGCAAUCAGGAUGCUACGGUAAUUAUUGAGCCGAAGAAGAAUCUUAGUCCGCGAAAUGCUAGCCCCGUGAAUGCUCCUGGGUCCCCGAAGAGAAUAACGUCUGGAAUGCUCACGUCUCAAUUCCAGCCUGAUCUGUCAAAAGGUCAAGAUCAAAUCGAGAACGACGAAGGACGUGAUUUGCAAAUAAAUGACGUACUAACUGAUAGCGACCAUUAUCAAAGCGAUGCGAAUCAGGAUACCUCUACUGUACGAAAAAGGCCGAGUGUGCCAACUAAAGCCGACGUGAUGAACCGCAUGACUUCAGCGCAGCGAAAGUCUCCAGUGUUGUUGAACGACACUUCUAACUCAUCGUUCUCUUCCAUCCCUGCCCAGACUUCUACACCUGCCAAUGUCGUUUCGAAUCCGUCAUUUAAGGAGACCAAACCUAUGAAACCAUCUCAAGUCACGAAAAAACUCAAUGAUUCCGUCAAAGGUCCGGAUGCAGAUCUUGCGAAAACAGGAGAACAAAAGGACGUCAACGAAGAGGAUUCUACGACCCCAAAGGCUAGAGGCAAAAAGCUAAAGGGAACAAAGGAACAGAAAGAGCCGAAAAUUGAUUCCAAAGAGGGCGUAAUGCAACUUACACCACAUGAAGAAACAUCUGCUGCCAAACCUCGCAGAGGCCGUCCUAUUGGCAGCAAGAAUCGCGUCAAGAAGACUGAGACAAAAGAAGGAGGAUCUCAAGAAGGAGAGGAGACCCGGAAUCCAGAGGAAAAGAAAAAGCUGGCCCGCAAACCUAAAGCAAAAAGAGCUGAAGCAGCAGCAGCAGAGAGUAGUGAAACAAAGGACAACCAGAAAAACAAUACGGCUGCCACCGAAUCUAUUCCACAAAUUGCUGAAAGCAAGACUGGCAGUGAUACCAGAGAAAAGAAAUCUGCGAAGAAUCGCUUUAUUGAUCCACAGAAGCAUGGCAUAAACUACACUAAAGCAGAAGUGAUCGGUCUAUUGAAAGAUGGAGUGAAGGAAAAAGCAAAGACUAACGGUACCCCUACACAAGGAGUACAAUCUAACGGGGUUGCUGAGAAAGAAGCAAAGCUACCAGUGGCACCAAAUUCUCAGCCGCCUGUGACACAAGCACCAGAAAGUGGGUCGGAUUCUAGCGACGAUGACGAUGACAAUGACGACAACGAUGACGACGAGUUAGAGGAUGAACAGGAAACCAUGAAAAGACCUAGAGUCGUCAAUGCGCCAAAGAGCCUGAUUGGCAAUCCCUCUGUCCUUUCCUCGCGCAAUAAUUCCACGUUGAAUGAAAGCCAAAUAUCGUCUCCACCUCCGAGCACCCAAGAGGCCCGUGUAAUUCCUGAAUUGCUUUCGCAGUCACAAGCACAGCCACCACAUGUCUCUCAAUCUGAGAGUUCGAUUUCUUCACUCCCAAAGCUAUCCCAGUUGAUGGAACGUGGUCUACCUGAUGUAAGGGAAUUCAGCCAAGGUGUCCAAGCAACCUCUGCUUUCAGGCAGGAGAGGCCCGAGUCCGACUCCGAAACUGAGUCUUCCGAUUCCGAGGAUGAUUCUGACGACUCGCAGGACGAUAGCUCUGACUCGGAAACUGUAGGUUCUCAGAGAUACCUUGAUGCGAAAACUGCAAGUAAUAUUGUUUCCAAGGCCAAGGGUAAGAAGAAAAACCACGGAUUUUUGGAUCUAAUGAAAGAUGCUCGAAAAUAG